GAAUCCCAAUUCCACUUUCACUUUCCACUUCCUCUUUCUCACAAGCGACACAGAAAAUCUAACGAAUGAGUAUGGGUUGCUUAUUAUGGGUACUGUUGGUAACUGGAAUGACGUUGUUAAGUCGUGGGAAUCAUGUAGUCUGUGGACAAGAUUACCAAGAUGGUGGUGGCGUUUUUGACGCAGCGGCGCCGGAGGCAGUGGCGGCAGCAGCAGCUACAGAAAUGGUGCCGGCAAUGUUCAUAUUUGGAGACUCACUCAUUGACAAUGGAAACAACAACGACUUAGCUUCUUUAGCUAAAGCCAAUUAUUUCCCUUAUGGCAUUGACUUUAAUGGAGGUCCUACAGGCCGAUUCUCUAACGGUUUCACCAUGGUUGAUGCUAUAGCGGAACUACUGGGAUUGCCACUUAUACCAGCCUAUUCGCAAGCUUCGAGUUCAGCAGAUCAAAUGCUUCAUGGUGUCAAUUUCGCAUCUGCUGCAGCUGGAAUUCUCGACAUCACAGGCCGAAAUUUUGUGGGUAGAAUCCCGUUUAAUCAACAGAUAAAGAACUUCGAAAAUAGUUUGGAUCAAAUAAGUGAUGCAUUGGGUAGAGCAAAUCUUGGUCAGGCCCUCUCUCGUUGCAUUUUCUUUGUAGGAAUGGGAAGUAAUGACUAUUUAAACAAUUAUCUCAUGCCCAAUUACCCUACUCGCAAUCAGUACGAUGGCAACCAAUAUGCUGAUCUUUUGUCCGAAGAAUACACUAUUCAACUUCGUCAACUUUACAAUCUUGGAGCUCGGAAGUUUGUUCUAGCGGGGCUAGGGUUGAUGGGUUGUAUUCCUAGCAUCUUAGCGCAAGGUACUACAGGAAGAUGCUCCGAUGAAGUAAAUCAGCUUGUCCUACCUUUCAAUGCAAACAUGAAGACCAUGAUCAACAACCUAAGCGCAAAUCUUCCUGGUUCUAGAUUCGUUUUCAUCGACGUUCAUAACAUGUUCCAAGAUAUUCUAGCAAACGCUAGAUCUUAUGGUUUUCGAGUGGUGAAUAGGGGAUGUUGUGGAAUAGGGAGAAACAGAGGGCAGAUAACAUGUUUACCAUUUCAAACACCAUGUCCGAAUAGGAACGAGUAUGUGUUUUGGGAUGCGUUCCAUCCAACAGAAGCAGUGAAUGUGUUGAUGGGGAGGAAGGCUUUCAGUGGUGGUACUGAUGUUGUUUAUCCCAUCAACAUUCAACAACUGGCGAAUCUCUAGUGUUCAACACAUCUAUGUCCACCUAAUUAACUAUGAAGAAAUCUGUGUUUCUUUGUAUUUUUUCGUGAGAUGGAUGAUCUUUAGGCUAUGAUCAAGAUGUGAUUUAAAUAUAUUCGCCUUCAAUUUAACCUUAUUUAUACUUACAAUGUCGAACCUUAAUUAAUAUACGUUACAAAUUAUUAGUGCG